AUGGAGCAAAUAAUAAUAACAAAUGGUUUCGUUGACGAACGCGGUCAUUAUUUAGUUAACGGAAACAGCUACGAAAUCUACGAUCCUUAUUCGAACACCGUGACCGUUGUCGUGGGUCCUCCACCAUACACAAACGGAGUAACACAACCAGUAUUAGCAGCUGUAUCCUGUCAACCAGUGCCUUUGCAACCGGUUGAUUGGUAUCCGCCGGGUUCAGAUUGGCCUUCGCAGGGUUCGGCCUGGACGCCAUCUUAUCCCAGAAGUCCACAAACGGAUACGCUAAAUAAUUCGGGACAAAAUGGAGAUAACGGUCAUAAUUUUCACAGUCCCGAUGCUCAAAUGUCUAAUUUGUAUCAACAACCGGCUUACAUAGUACCGGGUUACAUGUUCAGCGAAUCUCCCGUUUAUAGUGGCGUGCCUGUUCAUACAAAUAAUUUUAACACCACGACUGAAGCCAUGUGUUCAAAUGAUAACAAAUCAGAAAUUGGGGAAGAUAACGGUGCAAAUGGAAAUCUUACAAAUGGGUUGUUAAACAGUCCAGAAUCGAAACCUCAAAGUUCGUUGGAAAAUGUAAAAGACGAUAAAAAUGAUGGGAAAAUACAGGAUAUUAAACCACCGAUAGAAAAGUCAUCGACGCCAUUAAUCAAUAAACAAAAAGAAGUUACUAACGGUCAUUAUAAUAAUAAUAAUCAAAAGUUGAGAGUGGAAGGGAUCGUAGAAUUUCGUCCGAAAGAAGAAAAGAAAAUGAUUGAAAAGUUCAGUCAUAGCACUCAAACGAGUUCAGUUGAAAUAAAUGAUAAAUCAGUUACAACUCUCAAAUCGGAAAAUUCCGAAAAAGAAUCUCACAGCACUCAAACUCUUCCUGAACAAACAAUACAAAGCAAUAAGACAUUAGAUUUAAAUGCGGAAAAGGAAGGAGGAAACGAAAAAAAUGAAAGCAAUACUACCACUACUACUAUUACUACUCCCACUACUAUGACUAGUGCUAAUAAUAAUAAUAAUAAUAAUAGUAGUAGUAAUAAUGAUAAUAACAAUAACAACAAUAACAAUAAUAAUAAUAAUAAUAAUAAUUUAUCAGAGUUCCUGUUAUCGUCUCAAGUGAGAAACGAAGUCGGCACAAAAGGAAAUUGGAAAAUUCAACGAAACAAGUACAAAGAAUAUCAUAAUUCAUCACCGAAAAAAUACCAAGAAGAAUCGCCACGAAAAAUGUAUCAGAAACGAAUGCAGUUUAACGAAGGGGGUGGAAAAAUGAAGGGGGGGGAGAGUUUCGAAAAGUCAGAUUCGAAAACGAAUUACAGUCCGAAUAAAGUUACGUAUGCAAGAAAAGCAAUGAUCGGUUUAGAAAAUUUCAAUAAUGGAAUUUCUAAAAUGACAAACGACGGCGUACAAAGUAUGAGAAAUGAAAUUCAAAACGACUAUAAAAGUGCUCAAAGUCAAUUAGUUAACGGAACGAAUCAAAUAAUGCCGUCGAACGGAACAAACUAUCGAACAAAUCAUUCAAAACAACAAUCAACGUUUGUAGAUCGUUACUACGCGUCCUACGAAGAAAAGAAAAAUUACAAUGGUAGUGUUAAAAAUAAUAAUUUCAAUAAUAACAAAAACAAGUACAAUAAGAGUUCCUACGUUACCAAAAUGAAAACAAAUGAAACGAAUGAAUUUAAAUUCAGAGAGAAAAAGAUUUCAUCCAAACAACCGUACGUUGUCACAGUCGGCGAAGAAAAUUCAAUGGGAAAGGAAAAACAAGUCAUAGAAGAAAACAAAAACGAUUUGAUUAUGAAGUGUCAAUCGGAGAAAAGUUCAACGGUUUCGGAAUUGAGUUCGCCGACCGAAUUGAGCAGCGGUCAAAACACUCCCCCGGAAAAAUCCAUAGUUCGAAAAAUGGAACAAAAAAUAGCCAACGAAAUAAAUAAAAGCGUGAAGGAAAAAUCGAAUCCGGAUGAAGAAUCUAAAGAAGAUUUUUCAUUUUUGCCAAAUUUCAUAUUACAAAAGCCGCAGGAUUUGUUGUUUUCCUCGUGGGAAGGUGGUAAAAACGAUCAAGCGGACAUGAUCUCAAACAUGGAUGCUGCGUCCAUGUUAACGGGAGAAGAAGAAAUAUUGAAAACUCUGGGAAUAGCGGAGAACAAGAAUAACUUUUCUAAACUGCCUUUACAUUCGGAUAUGUUGAUGAUGUUGCCAGCAUUCGGAUGGACUCGUCCUAAAUUUAAAAUUGAAGAUAUAUUCACGCCGACGAAGCAUUUACACAGCGAUCUCUUCACAAGAACAAACAUCACGAGUAUGAAAUCAACAAAACCGGAAGAAUUUUUCGCUAGCGUCAUCGAUAAUCCGAUCGUGGAAAAAUCUGACAAGAAAAAAGACUGCACUAAAAAUAAUAAUAAUAAUAAUAAUAAUAAGAAAGAUCAAAUGAAAAAACCGGAUGCCAACGGAGAAGUGAAUCAAGUUAAUAAAGAUGGGAGUAAGUCAAACGGCGGUGGGGAUACGUUAAAAAUGAAAAAUGCCGUCGAUAAGAUUUCGAAUGGAGAUGAAAAGGAGAUGGAUGAGAAAAAUAAAAAAAUAAAAAACGUCAAAUGUAGUACGGAAACGAGGGAAGGAAACGACGACGACGACGAAUCCACAAAGGGUGAAAAAAUGGAAAACGUUUCGAGAGAGGGAAAAUUGGGAAUCGUUGAAGCCGUGAACACGUGGCUUCAAGAACAGGGAAAUUCAGAAAAAGUUUUAUCGGUGGAUUUGUUACCCGUCGAAUCCCUCGAAACUCUCAUGGGUAGUAGUAGUAAAAUGGAAAAAAAAAAAUUUUUGAAAAUGAAAAAUAAUAACGAUAAGAAGAAAAAAAAUAAUAAUAAUGAGUCAGAUUCAAAAAACGGGAAAAGCAACCCUAUGCAUGCGUUAUCAGUUAACAACCCGGAGGAGAAAGAAAAAAAAAAAAAAAACUCUGACUUUGUGGAUACGUUACAGCAGGGAGUAAACGGAUGCAUUAGGGUUGCUAAUGUCAUUACCGAUAACUUUAUCCACGUGAACCGAGAAUUCAGAUGUCCGAGAGGGGAUGAUUUGCAAAGGGGUAGAAUGCCGAGAUCAUCGUCCGCGGAUGGUAAACUAAUGGAGAAAAAAUUGAAAAAACAUUUGAAAUUUUUAACGGAUUCGGCGUCUUUCUGUCAGGAUUUAAUAUCGGACGUUCGCAACGGUUUGCCGACGAAAAACGAAUAUGCCACCGAAGAAUUAUGCGAUCCGCGACAAAGCGUGUUUAAAUAUUACACACUGUCGCCGUGUCAAUCGAAAAAAAAAAAAAAAAUUGUGAAAGUGAUGAACGAAAGCGACAGUGACAAUGAAAAAGUUAAAGUGUUUAAAAAAAACGGUAGAGUUUGCGUGACGGACAGCGGCAUUCAUUCGGAUAUGGAUUCAUCCGAGGAUGCAUCAAACGAUUUUCAAAAAGAUGCCACGUGCCAGAAAACGUGUUCACCAUUUAAAACGAGGAAAAAGGUAAAAGAAAACAAACACAUUUUCUGCUUACACGUACGUAUAUUUAUAUGA